CGUGUCCGCUAUCCCGUUCUGCGGAGCGAGAUCGGCACGGGCGGGCAGCCACCGCCCCCUCGUCACGCGACCUCCAGGCCGGCAUAGCGGGCCGGUCCAUCCCGGCCUCGUCCCGUGGACUACGUAGUCGAGCACGUCGCAGCGACGCCCGUGCUUGGGGAGUUGCUAACGUCCUCCAGCUACUUCUCUCUCUCUCCAGUAGUGCCGUCAACCAUACUACAGAGAGGUUGCUCUUCGUUUCGCGGAGCUGUGGAGGCGACUUGACGCUCGACAACUUGUUGCGGAGUGUUGUGUGGCCACGCGUCUACGGGGUCAUGGAACUCGGGACGUUGAGGCACCACGUGGUGCAUUUCUUCUGCUCUCUGGUGAGCGCCCUGGUUGCUUUCUGCGAGACGCUGCUGCGAGGAUGUGGUGCCGUGCAGGAGACCGGGUCCUCGUUCUUGCUGAAGAAGGCCGUGUCCCAAGGGAUCUCGGCGUGGCGCUCGUGCUCCAAGAACCGUCGUCUAGACCUGUACGACCUGAAUGCCCUGGACGACCCUUUCAAGAACGGCUACAUCUUCCCAGAAAUCGAGUGGGAGCUGGAGGCGCCGCAGCCAGAACACAGGAUCCGAGAGCACGUGGACGAGUUCCUCUGCUGGGGCUGCAAUUCUUCGGGCGAGAGUCUCCUAGUCUGGGUCGCCAGGGAGCCCGGAGGAGCGGUCAGGGCCUGCUUCAGGCUCAGGGACGCCGAUGGCCGGACGUGGGGCCUGACCAGGGCUGCGUUCGCCGACGGUUCGAACCAGGAGUCGCGGCGCUUCUCGGCGGGGAGGCUCCACCUGACCUGCCUGCAGCCAAUGCGAAAGUGGAGGAUUGCCUUCAACGGGCACUUGAGAGAGAAGACCGUUGAUGGAACCGGAGAAACACAGCACGUCGAGCUUCGAAUGUUCGUCAACGCCAUUACCGAAGUGUACGACCACGACAGCGACACCAGUGCAGAAGCCCGCGCCCUGUUUCUGGCCCAGGGCUCCUGGGGAGGACUUGCUGGAGACAUGCCGAGACACGAUGCGUACGAGCAGCCGGUCAACAUGUUUGGCACGCUUUCCGUGGCCAGCGAAGCCUCACCUUCAAGGGAAUUGCGGCUGUGGGGUCUCCGCCAGCGGAUGCGAGGGCGACGAAAUGAAGUUGGUUCUAGGACAAGCCACUACCUCGGAACUUUGGAGAGCCGGAUAGUUUUUCAUGUGUCUUCGGAGAACGUGAACGGCGCCACACUUAAGCGAGGUUUUGUGAUGGCACCAAACCUGUUCCUGCAUGCGGUAGACCUCUGGAAGAAAACAGAAGAGGACGGGCACGCUUCAGGUCUGCAUAUGGAAACAGUGCACCGAGUGUACGACGUUCGCACGGAGCGUCUGAAUGGCGAAACUGGGCUCGAAAUCGCCGACGAAGACAGCUGUUUGGAGGUCGUAGAGCCGCUUAGGAUAUCCACGGACACGAGUCGGGGACAAGCGGUUCAGCUUGUGUUUCACAGGAAACCUCUUACCUGGAAGCCGCAGACAAUUAUCAGAAUACCAGAAAGCAAAAAAGAAUCCGAGCAAAAGCGUGUCGUAUGUCUCGGAGAUGGAGCAGCUUGGGACAGCCGAGUCUGCGGCGGGAAAGCUUCCUCGUUGGCUGCUCUGGCCGCAAUGGCCCCUCUGUCCCGCGAAAAGUUCAAUGUUCCCGGCGCUGUGGUGCUAACUACCCGUGCCUAUGCGGACUUCCGGGCGCACAACAAACUUGACGAGUGUCUUGCAGAACUGGCUACUUACCCCAAGUUGAACGGAGAUCAACGGAAGGCUCUUGCGUCAAGGUUGUGCGAAGCCGUUGAGCGCGCGAAAACGCCAGUGAAUUUAGUGGCCGACCUGGAAGCUCAGCUGCGAAGAUCUAUUGGCGAUAAUUUCGUUCAUCGUUCUUAUGCCGUGCGCUCUUCAGCAGUGGGGGAGGACUCCGAAGAGAUGUCCUGUGCUGGUCAGAUGGAGACCUUCCUUAACGUGAGAGGACUUCAAGAGGCGUCGCUCUGCGCGGUAAAGUGCUGGGCGUCGCAGUUCCGUCACCCUGCUCUUGAAUACAAGUGGCAACACGGGCAGGAACUGGAGGCACCCAUGGCGGUUCUCAUCCAAGAGAUGGCUCAGGCGGACGUCGCCGGAGUCCUCUUCACAUGCGACCCGGUCAGUGGAGACCCCAGUCGCCUGGUCAUCAACGCAAACUACGGGCUUGGAGAGUCCGUCGUGUCAUCGCUUGCCGAACCAGACACAGUGACCCUGGGGCGUUCAGAGGAUGGUCAGCUUACACUUCUCGAGAAGCACCUAGGAAAAAAACAGAUGCAAGUUCGAGCUGCAGCGCAUGGUACAGAGGUCCAGCAAGCCAAAAACACGGAUGAGUGCUGUCUCUCUGACGAAGAAGCUCUUGCCUUGGGCAGGGCUGCCUUGGAGGUCGAGCGGUUACACCCAGGGACACCAGAUCUCGAUUUGGAGUGGGCCAUCGUGGAAGGAGAGCUCUACUUGCUUCAGGCACGUCCAAUCACAUCGCUCCAUCGUCAGACAGACUUCGAAGUGGAGCACAACCUGGACAACGGAUUGUCUUCGGAGGAUGAGUUUUACACCAGGGCAAACGUAGGGGAGGUGCUCCCAGGGGCCAUAAGCGCUUUGGGGUUGGAGCUCUUCUUGCAUUCCUUCAACAUUGUUUUCAUGGAGCGUGUCCGUAAAGCCAGGAUCUCAACGCUCUGUCCCAAGUCCGUGUACUUCAGGCCUUCCAGCGUCAUCGUCAGCAGGAAUUACAUGAUGAGCCUCAUCGACGGCAUGUUCCAGCAUUCAGAGAAAAAGGACCUUCUCACCAAAGGGCUGUUUUUUGGAACGCUGGGACGGUGUUUUGAAUCCGACGACGUUGUCGCCAAAUUCCUUGAGAGGCACGGACGCCCACUGAGAACGGAUCCCCUACGACGUGUGAUCUUUCUCGUCUGGGCCCAGCUUAAAAAGGGGGAUUACAUGAAGGUCGCUCAGGAGUCCAUAAAGAACUUCGAGAUUCCUUUGAAGGAGGAACAUACUGCGCAGGAGAUGUAUGACAUCAUUUCACGGACAUUUGUGCUCCCACCCGAGGUCAUCCUGAACCUUUUGAUUUGCUCGAUGUUGUCUUCCUUCUACAAUCUAAUGGUCCUGCUGACCAUCGGAAGUUUUCACGGAGACCUUACGCCCGAAGUGUUCGCCGAUGUGGCUACACUUCUGUCCAAGUGCGAACAAGUAGAGAGCGCCGAAGUUCCGUCCAGGCUAAAGGAACUCUCCAGUGUCCUGCGAAAAUUCCGACCAGACUUUGGAAAGCUAAGCAUUCAGGAUGCCCGUGCCUACCUAGAAAAGAGCGAAGAGGAACCCAGCCGGCUGUACCGAGACCUUAUCAAGAACCACGGCCACAGGUCCAUCAAAGAGUUUGAUGUGCUGACCCUGACGUGGGAGCUGGAUCCUGAGCCCUUGAUCAAGAUCUUACAGGACGGAGCUUCGAGGGAGGAGACUACGACGAAGGAGUCAGCUCCUGCUGAGUUGAUUACGCCACUUAACUUCUGGAGAAGACAUGCCUUGCGGAUCUUGGUGCCGCAAACGAAGCGCGCCGUGGCAAACCGAGAGGGCGGCAAGGCAUUGGUCGUUCGGAGCAUCCACAUCUUUCGGCUAGCGCUCAGAAAGCUUGGUCGCAAGAUGGUAGAAGAAGGCCGUCUUCCGGACCCCGAUUUGGUCUUUCAACUGGAAAUGGACGAACUACACCGGCUACUAAAGACGCGAUCACCAGCGCUCGUCCUUAGGGCCAUUCGUAGGCAUCGGAUACACCCGACUUUAAAUCGACUUCGGUUCCCGGACAUUGUGCGCGGAAUCCCACGUCCCGUGACCCGAGUAGACAGAGCAAAGAAUGGCAGCGUGGUCGGCGAUGUCAGUGUCAAAGGAACCCCGGUGAGCCGAGGCAGUGUCACAGCCCCGGCCAGAGUUGUGAAGACACUAGACGCCGCAGGAAGUAUUGAGCCCGGGGAUAUCCUGAUAACCAACGCGACUGACAUCGGCUGGAGUCCCUACUUCCCCCUGCUGGCUGGCAUCGUCACCGAAAUCGGGGGACUGCUCUCGCACGGUGCUGUGAUUGCGAGAGAGUACGGCCUGCCUUGCAUUGUUGGAGUCGAAAACGCCACAGACAUCUUUGUGUCAGGGGACACCAUUCUUCUGGACGCCACUCGAGGUACCGUGGGAACUGUCAAGACGGACGCCUCCUGAGUCAUCGAGAUGUGUAGGCAGCAUUAGAGAACAUGGAAGAAAAUAAACUUGCUCAAAAUAAAGAUUUUUCUAUCAGAAA